AUGAAAGUAGAUGACAAUAAUGAAAAAGACACCACCUCCCAUGAAAUGAUAGUGGAAAAGCAAAAUGAAAAUUCCGCAGAAUCAACAGCCGUAUCCGUGAAUCCCAUAUCAAACGUAACAACGAGCGAAAUUAAAAAAAAAAACCUAUUAGAAGAGGAAGCAUUUGAACCACCAGGAGAUGAAUUUGAAGAUAAUUCUAAAAUACCAAAAUUAUCAUAUUGGAAGAUAUUUUUAUUAUUUUUGAAUUUUGGAUUUCAUGCUUGGGGAGGACCAGUGGCUCAAAUAGCAUUAUUUAAGGAUAGAUUAGUAACAGAAGGAGGAUGGAUAACAGUGGGUAGAUUUAACCGAGUUUAUGGAGUAUAUCAAUUAAUUCCUGGUCCCGAAGCAACCGAAUUAGCGAUAUACUUUGGCAGUUUAGCAGGUGGUAGAAUCGGAGGAGUAUUGGGAGGGUUGGGAUUCAUUUUACCAGGAUUUGUGUUGUUGAUGAUAUUUUCUUAUGUGUACGUUUUGGUGGGGUUUAGCAAUCAAUAUUUUAAUGCAUCGUUUCGUUGUUUACAACCAAUCGUAGCAGCCAUGGGCAUCCCUUCGUUAAAUUCCCUGGGGCUUGGUGUAGCCCCCACUCCUAGCCCCGGUCAUAUCUUUGCUUUAGGAUUAAUAGCAGGCACUUUAUCAUUUGGUGGUGCUUACACUGUCAUUCCAAUUAUUCAAGCCGAAGCGGUAACGAUCGGACAUUGGAUGACCCAACAAACGUAUUUGGAUGCAUUAGCCAUUGGCAACAUCCUUCCUACACCACUCGUUAUGUUUUCAACCUUUAUCGGAUUUCAAGCGGGAAACACAUUUGGAGGCAUUGGAUACGCAUUUCUUGAAUCUAUAUUAGUAACGCUUGCAGUAUUUAUACCAUGCUUCUUAAUGGCCGUAAUGGGAAACACCAUAUUAGAAAAGAUGGUGCGAAAUAAAUUUUGCGCAGCAUUUUUUGAUGGUAUUACAGGUAGUGUCGUCGGUCUCAUUGCCGUAACGGCUUUAGAUUUAUUAAAAAGUUCUAUUACCACUUCCACCGUUUUGAUCAAUAUAUCGGAUGAUGAAAAGCCUAUAAUCUCCGCUCAACAUAAUAGUAUUGCCGCUGUGGUUUAUAUGAUCUCUUUGGCUGCCUUGUAUUCCUUUAAAACUCCUUAUUUGCCCUUGUUGUUAGUUAUAUUUGGCGCCAUUGCGGGUCAAUUCUUGUUCGUUUGA